UGUCUAUCCUCCCAGCAUCAGCACCUUGCUAAACUGAACAGCGACCGUCCUCGAGGAAAUGAUGCUCUACCGAGCGAGAGAACUGGAGCGAUAAUGGUCAAUCGGUCGACGGAAGUAGAUAUUUAUCAUUCGCGUUACCAAAAUAUUUUAAGGAUGAACUGCUAGGUAGUCUAUAACACCUAGUCGCGAGCACGUUUGUGCCUCUCGGCUUUCGUUCACCAUUCACGAUGUGAGCCAUCCUCAUCAUUGAUCUCAAGAAUGGCAAGAAGAAAACAUUUAAAUUGACAUAAUGGGUCGACAUGGCACGUCAGCCUGCCCAGGCUGUUUCAUUGAUUGAUAUACUAUAGUAUAUCUGGCUAUAAUUAGCCAUCGAGUUUAUGUAGGAUAUGAGCCGUUGUAUAACGACUUAUUGCUUUGCGGACCAUCUCCUUUGAGGGCGCUGGACAAAUAACAAGGCUAAGUGAACCGUCGAAACAAAGGCGCCCGUGUACCCCUACUGACACACCUGCUACCCGGUCGCUACUGACAUGACAACGCUGAACCGAAGAAGCAGGAUCAAAGGGCACCGACCUGCAACCGGACGCGUGGACUCGAAAAGGAAGGGGUACGUCGGACUCGCAGCGUGGAAGCGGAGCAGCCCGGUCGCGGCCCAAUUGCAAUUUCUGGGGACAAGCACCAAGGGCAGUGCGGCACUCAGAAGUCAUAUCAGGGAAAGGCUGCGGGGAGCUGUUCAAUGUUUUACCUUACCCCAACUCCCCGUUACGUUUCUUCGACGGUCUAUUUUCCCGUCGCGGAAAAAUGCUUGAAAACACCAGCUGUAUUGAUUUGAUGAUCGAAUGUCUGCUUAUUGUUUAUAUUCAAAAUCAUGCCUCUAUUCCCUUUCAUUCUAUCUAGUCAUUUGAAUGCAGUGAUGGGCCUAUAAGAGAUUUGUCUUUAUUUACAAGCUGGUUGGAAUCCGAGUGGAACUGAUGUGGAUACUGGCCAGGUAUCUUCGGCUGCCUCCGUCUCUGGUUUUGCUUAUUCUGCUACUUGCGAGCGCCAUGGGCUGUAUUCAAAGCAUAGCAUGCAAGCCACGAAUUAGAAGGGAGAACAUUGUGGUGUACGAGGUAUCCGCCUCCAUUGACCAGUGCCCAACGGUGAUAGAGGAGAACUCGCCCAUCGUGCUGCGGUAUAAAACACCGUACUUCAGGGCUUCAGCCGGGAUUGUGAUGCCUCCGGUGCCCCGCAACGAGACCUGGGUGGUGGGUUGGAUCCAGGCGUGUACGCAAAUGGAGUUCUACAAUACCUAUGGUGACAUUGGCAUGUCCAGCUGGGAGUUACCAGAGCUCCGCGAGGGCCGGGCCAAGGCCAUCAGCGACUCGGACGGCGUUAGCUACCCCUGGUACGGCAACACCACCGAAACGGUUACCAUCACCGGCCCCACGUCUAAGCCGUCGCGCCUCACGGUCAGCAUGAACGACAACUUCUAUCCCAGUGUGACCUGGGCCGUGCCGGUCAGCAACAGCAAUACUCCGAUGCUGACCCACAUCAGCCGCGACCAGAGCUUCAUCACCUGGCUGGUCGCCAUCAAUGCGGUCACAAAGGAGCGCAUUGUGCUACAAACGGUUCGGUGGCGGAUGCAGGUGGACAUUGCCGUGGACCCUGACAUGCCGCUGGGGUCUCGGGCGUCCCUGGUGGGGCGUCCUCACCAGGAGCAGCCCCAAAUCCUCAACUACCAGGAGCCGAUCCCCCCUAACGCCCUGGGACGCCCCAACGCCAACGACGCCCAGGUGCUGAUGUGGAGGCCUCGCAGAGGGGCACCUUUGGUGGUCAUACCACCCAAAUAAGAGUGUUCAAACAGUAAAUGAGAAGAGCGAGGCCCAUCGCUUAGGGGGCCAGGCUGUGAACACUUCCCUCCAUACCUCACUGUCAGGGUGAUAAUGAAUUGUGAAACAAUGGCAGUAUUCUUUCGGACCGUGUUGGGAUUGGCACGGCGGCAGUCUUUAGGCAGGUCCGGCACUGAAUCAGCGUGAAAUUGGGUCUGAGUCCUCUGGUGCCGCCAGGGUGCUGUGCCAAUAGGGUUUUUAUCUAUCUGCCGUUGGAAAGAACGCGACGGAGCUUUCGGGAUUUCGAUCGAGGUGGACUGAGCACAGAAUUGCAUCCUGCGUACAAUUUUAGAUCUUACUGCAUGAAUGAGAAGCCAGCGUUUGGCUGGAAUAACAACGGUGUUUUGUUUCAGCCGAUCACGGCAAGGACAUGGAAUGGAGCGUCUAGCACUUGUCUUGAGAUCCUGCCAGCCGGGAAAAAACCUCUUCAGUGCCAAUUCUGGGCACAAUUGUUAUUAAAUGCUGACACAACACAUAAAUAAUUCAUUAAGAGAUUUAACUGUAAGAGUCAAAUCAUAUUAUACAAAUCUUCUAUUAGAUUUAAGAUAAACUCACAUCAAUCCGAUUGUAUUGAGGGGCACCUAGGUGUGGCAUAAAGUUUGAAAAAAACAAAAAAGUCUGAUUGGAGUCAUUUAAAUGCGCCUGUCUUUAAAAAUAAUAAUAUAUAAGCUAAACGUGCGGGGUUUUUCUGCAAUGAGCUAAAUAUUUUUAGUACAUAGACACACAUAAAUGUCCAACUCCAGCCCUAGAUGCUACCCAUGGUGUUUAUCUAAGGGUCCAUUGGAGGUUGGUCCACGGUACCAAAGUGCACCAAAGCAGUAGCCUGGCCUGAAUGGCUCAUUCCGGAAGGUUCCUGGCAUUUGACACAUGAGGUCACAUGAUUCAUGGUCCAUCUGCGCUGGUCGCUGGCUUUGGCUCUCACCUUUCCCUCUGUCGAUCCAGUUCCCUCCCUCUCAUCAGUCUGUCAUUAACCCCUCUUUUCAGCAUGUUCUGAUCCUCCCGUAAACCACCACAAGACUAUGCAAACACAGAGGGACUGUUGGGCGGAAAGACAGAUUAAAGGUUUUAUAUACACAGUGAUGGCUUUCGUUGUUUCUCCAAAAUGACUGACCGUCUAUUAAACCCGAAUCGCGUCUCUUUCUGUC